AUGGCAUCUCUUGGUGGGAGACCUGAGUUGGAUUUAUCUCCUGGGGAGCGGAGUGACAGGAAGAAGCAAAAGGUUCAAGAAGGCAGGGAUCAGAGUCAACUGCUGAAGAACUUUAAACUCCAGAACUCUGUCUUCCUCAUUGUGGUUCCCGAACAACUCAUUGACUAUGAGCUCUAUGGUACUGAGAAGGCCGCCUUUGAACACCAUGAAGAAAUUAGCUUUGAGAAUCGGUAUGACAUCCUUGAGCUCUUAGACUUUCAUGACAGGAGUUCAAACUUCAUGAACACUCAUUUGUAUGGAUCGAUCCACAAAAAAAUUCCAUUCGAUCAUCCCGGUUUCAAUGCAGAACUCCAAACGUUGAUUGCCAACAAUCAGAUGGACACACUGUCUACUGCUAUUGCCGCCACGGAAGACAAGCCAUCCCACUUGGUUGUGCCACACAUCAAUCAAGUAAUUGCCCAGCUUCUUCGCCAGAGCAUUGGCAAUCUUCCCGUUCCGGAUGGCCAGCAGUCGCGUCCCCCAAAAUUUUGCCUUGUGAAGCAGACUUCACUCGUCAAGGGCAUCUAUGAGCGUAAGGCUGAUCUCACGAAGCUAUUGUCAUCCAAUUUUGAUAUCUGUAUUUUUGGAACAGAUAUUGGUCUAUGGGAGAAUGGCUACCUCCAGGGUGAAACUGAUAAUGUUCUUGAUCCAGCCAAAAAGGAGGCCUUUCCAACUCCCUUUUUGCCGGAGUAUAUGAGCUUUUGUGGUGAUCUGGCCAUCUUUGGUAGAAUGAAGUUCUAUCCACCCCUGUCAGUGACGAACGCUUUCCAGGACAAACCCCUUCGUGAUCAUGCCCUCAAGCCUUUGCGUGCGCCCACAUUGGAAAUUCAAUUUGGAUUGGAUAAUGUCCAAUACCCUGGUGGCGUCUACCCCACUCCGUGGUCGAAUACUACUUGGACGCAGAUCUACAACAAGUACUCGAUAAUCAUUUCGACUGAGUGUGGAAGAAACGAUAAUUCUCUUGAAGUGCCAAGGGGCAUCAAGUGUGGUAGUCAGGGGUGGAUCGAGGCAAAUGGGCUUGCCAUCAAGCCAAUCAUCAGUGUGGCGCCCUUGGUGUUCUCUUGUAAGUAG